AUGCUAAUAUUGGAAUAUUGUGAAAAUUUGGAGGGAUUCGACCCUUCCAUUGAAAAUGUCAAGUGCCUCGUUUCUUUGAACUUGAUAUCCUGUGGGAAGCUCAAGAAUUUACCUGAAAGACUAGGUGAACUAAGAAAGUUGGAGGAACUUCUCGUUGACAAUACUAGUAUAGGAAUAAUCCCUACUUGUAUAGAAUUUCUGACGGAGCUGAAGAUGCUUAGCGCCGUGGGUUGUGAAAAACUGACUAGUGUUCCCAGCUCAAUAAGCCAUCUGGUAAAUUUGUCAACCCUGAAGUUGAAAAGGUGCAAAGCACUGCAUGAACUUCCGGACUCCAUUCAGGCUUGUAGAAAAUUGCAGCACUUGUCGUUAGCGGGCUGCUACGAAUUGACAAAGAUCCCCUCUUCAAUUGGGAAGAUGGGAGAAUUGGAAUUACCUGACUCCAUUGGGGAACUGACGAAAUUGAAAAUUCUGAGGAUUUCUCAUACGGAGAUAGAAAAGUUACCAAGCGCUAUUGGAAAAUUGACAAGCCUCCAAGAGUUAGAUGCCUCAGGCUGCCAGAAACUGACAGGACAACUUCUUCUUGAUGAAGGUGGAUUGCCUUCCCUAAGCACUCUUCGUUUAGGUAGUGCAAAAAUUUCUUGCUUGCUAGAUGACUCUCACGAGCGUUCUACUCUCAAACUUCGUGAGCUUUCUGCUCUCGAACACCUCGAUUUACUUUACUGUACUGAGCUUCAGUCAUUGCCAGAACCUCCUUCCGGCUUAUUAUCCCUGCAGCUCACCUGUCUGAGCAAAAAGCUUCCAUCGCUCUCUCACCUAAGUCAUCUGGAGAAGCUCACCCUCCACUCUUGCAUGUCUCUUCGAAGCAUCCCAAAGCUUCCCUCCUGCAUACAAGAGCUCCGCGUUCAGAAAUGUCCCGAAUUGAAAAAGUUGUCAAAUCUUCACGAGUUGAAAUUCUUGUUGGAAUUAGAGUUCUGGCAAUGCUAUAGGCUGGAGAGAUUGGAUGUGGAAGCUUUAGAUUGCCUAAGAAAGUUGGGCUUAUCCACAAGCACAGAGUUGUCCAACCUCAACGACUUUGAAGUUUUAGAGUCGUUGAGAUACUUGGACCCGCAAAGCCAUAAUGAAAAGGUAGAUAAUCUCCAAGCGAUACAAGGCCUUGAAAAAUUGGGAUCCCUGGAAGUGUUGGAUAUCUUUGGGCUCGAGCACAUUCAAAAACUGGACCUUUCAAAGUCUGAGCAUCUGAAGGUGUUGACUGUUAAGAAUUGCAAAAGCUUAGUUGAAAUUUGCUGCCAUAGUAAAUUCCUGAAGGACUUUGCUUGUGAUGGGUGCGAGUCACUCAAGAAAUUCCCAGACUAUUUAGCACACGGCAAACCAUGA